AUGUCAAUGUAUGGCACUGAUGUCGAAAAAAAUGACCCUUCUUCUUCUCCUUUCCACUCUUCUCAUCCGCCGUCCAUAUCUUUGCGGGAGUACUUCCUGGGCCGCAUUGUCAAAUACACCCACAUGCAGUCCUCUGACUUCGUGUUAGCGGUGCUUUUCAUCAGCAAACUUCUGAAUGCCCGGCAGCCUGCCCCAUUUGAGGGAGCUAAUGAAAUCACGGUCUCUCAUUCGGCGGAAGUAGCUCCCUCUUUACCGUCAGAGGCCUCGCGACAGCCGUGCAGUUCAACAUCACCAGAAUAUGGUCGGAAGGCUACCGCGUGCCGUGUUGUUGCCAGAGAAGACGGUAUUGAGUUUAACGUUCUGACCGCUCACAGAGUAUUGUUAACCGCAUGUCUCAUAGCCAACAAAGUUCAGUACGAUCGAGGCAUAAUACUCAAACACUGGGCUAAGCUUGGAGGUCUCGAGCGCGACGAAGCUGUUAACCUUGAAGCCACCUUCCUGCAGAUUAUUGAUUGCAACAAUUCGCACACGACAGGCUCACAGCAGUGUGGGCUGCACUAUUUCCUUCUUAGGCGCGUGAAGGUCUCUGUGGAAGACUUUCUUCUCGUGAGUGUUAACUAA